AAAUAUGACAUAGCACUUUAUGGGAUAAUUAUGCAUGUUAUGUAUUUAAGCAUAAGGGAAAAUUUAUUUGGAAGUAAAAGCAACGAAACUCUGUAAUAGUGAUGGAAACAGACAACAGUGCAUUGUCCAUUUAAUUAAGUCGUCCAAAGACAUUGCACAUCCAUCACAUUGUGCUUGAAACUGAUUUGUGUGUAAAAGGCGAGCCGCGGGAACACCGAGAAAGUCGCCGGGCCGAUAAAUUCCUCUGCCACUGUCAAAAGUGUCCAUUAUAAGAUGUAGCUAUACGGUUUCAUCACGUGUCUUUCAGGAUCUGAGAAUGUUUUCGAGCAUGGACAGCUGAAGAGUUUGCUGAGCUCCGUUGACUCCGUUAAUUGAAUCACAUGUCUAUGAGCGUUUUAUUGCCGUGACCAUCCGUGACCAGCUGUGACCACAAAACCGCUGUGACCUUGUACCUUUGUAAUGACAUGCGCGUUAGCUGAUCCAGUAGUCAUCGCCCUCUAGUAACGGCUGUACGCUUGAACAUUUUACACGACCUUGAGCUGAGAUGACGUCCAUUACAUAUAAUACCAAGAUGAGGUUUCUAUUCGCGUUUUGACGUUCAACCAACAGGCUGAUAUACUAGACUAGAAUAGAAAGAACACAAAGACGGUAAUGAAACUUGACAGCUCGAUAUGGAACUUGACGAUCAGAAGCCUAGGGCGCGAUCCAUCCAAGCAAGUUCAGAUGCCUCGGUGCUCAUAAGAUAACGCAGCCGACAAAUAUUGACCUGCAGUAGCGCCGAGAGGCGGCCCGCCAUGUCCGCACCCGGCCGGCGGCGGCGGCGGCACCGGCUGGCCGAGGGGCGCGCCGCGCUCAGCUGCGGCGAGCACGACCAGUUCGUCAGCGGCCUGCUGUGCCGCAGCGGCGUCACCUGGGCCACGCCGGGCUGCGCGCGGCCGGCCGGCGGCGCCAGCCGCGCGCUGGGCCUGGCGCCGGUCAGCGCCGGCCUGUCGGCGGCCACGGCGGCCGCGCUGCUGGUACUACUGGCCGUGCUGGUCGGCUGGGCGCGCCGCUGCGCCAUGCUGCGCCGGCUGGGCCGCACGCCCGACCUGGACGCCGCCGACGCCGCCGACCCGGAGCGGCCGCUGCGAUCCUCGCUCAGACAGCGCCGCAAACGGCGCCGCGUCCAGCGCCUGCUGCGCCUGCGCCGGCACCAUGUGCGCUUCAACGAGUCUGUCGACGUCAACGUGUUCACUGGCCUGUCGGGCACGACGCUGACGUCGACGUCGGAGGGCGCGCCGUCGCCGGGGGGAGGCGUGCGCGGCCGGCACGGCUCGCUGUUCGUGUCCGGCCUCGGCGCCGCCCACACCUCGGACGACGACAACGACGAGGCCGAUGAGAUGUCCGAGCCGGAGUUCGAUGGCGAGCCGUUCGGGGGCGCCGCCGCUGAGGAGGAGGACAAGGACAAGUAGCGCAGCCCGGCGGCACCAGUCGGUGCCCGAGCGCCGGCCGCCGGCAGAUAUACAAAGCAUCAAGCGGGCUUCGUGUAGGAUUUGAGUUGAACGGGUCGGAUUUGAAUGUUCAAUGUUUGUUACCUCCAAAAAAAAAAAAAAACAGUCAGC